AUGGCUUCCCAUAUUUUUCGCUCUACUCUCCGCUCAUUAGCUCGUCCUGCUGUGGUGAAGAGCUUUGUUAAGCCUACUGCUGCCGUCAUGGGAGCUGUGCCUCGCGCAUCCACCAUGAUCUCUUUCAACGCCGCUCGCUCAUUCUCUUCUGCAUUACCUAGAUUGAGCACAGGUGCGAUCGAUUCCGAACUUGUACACAAGUUGGAUGCAGAACUUCAAUAUGAAAAGUCCAAUGAAGAGCCAAGUCCUGAAUUCGUAAAAGAGUUCUUAGAAGCCAAUUCGUUUGAGCUCCAUGAUAAACCAGGCAUUGAUGAAGUUACUCUCACCCGUACCUUUGGAAAUGAGAAGAUUCGCGUAUUGUUCUCUAUUUCGGAUAUCAACAAUGCACCCUCUGAUGAAUUCCUCCCUGAGGAUGAUGUUGCUGAAACUGAAGAUGUUGAGGAAUCAGUUUCUUUUCCUGUGCGAGCAUCAGUUACUAUAGAGAAGGAGGGACAAGGUGCUGUCACUAUUGAUACUAUAGCUCAAGAUGGUGAAAUUGCCGUAGAGAAUGUUAUGUUCUACAAGGAUAACAAGUUAGCUAAUGAACAAUCCUCCGAAGCUGACUGGCAACGACGUGGACUUUACAUGGGUCCUCAAUUUGCUGAAUUGGAUGAAGGAUUACAAGGUCUUUUCGAGCGUUAUCUUGAAGAACGCGGUGUAAAUACAGCUUUAGCAAACUUUUUACCUGAUUACAUUGAAUACAAGGAACAAAAGGAGUAUACUAAAUGGCUCGAGAAUAUGAAGGGCUUCGUUAACGCGUAA